AUGUCUUCCGCACACAGUCCAACUCUAAUUCAAAUUCUCCUCGUGGUCAAUGUAUUGACUUCAUCUUUAUCCGAGAUUCGAAAUCUUCGAUUAGUUUCGAAACCGUUUCAACGUAUCUGCAACGAUCCAAACAUUCUGCAGAGCCUUUCCCUCCAUGAGAUCCCUCUGUUUCCAUGGUUUCACAACCGUGAAAACUUUAACAACUUUUUCAAGAGAUGUCGCAAGAAUGGAAACCCCUAGGCAAUAUACCGUAAAGGACUUGUCAAUUACUCUCAUCGGAAUAGUUAUGAAAAUAAACGAAACAGAGGACUCAAACAUAUAGCAAAAGCUGCAGACAAGGGAAAUCAAGAAGCACAAUAUAUUUAUGGAUUGAUCCUUAUUUGUCUUGGGGGCGAAACAAAAGAAAAGGGUUUUAAGGUGUUGUCUUCUUUAAGAAAGCCUUUGAUGUCAAGUACGAUCGAGGAAAUGGAAAAACGUCGGAAAAAGAUUUAGGAUGACAUGUGGUGGUGUGGUGAACCGAUGAUGAGACAUCUUAAAAGGAGCUAUGUUCGUGAGAAUUGCAGUUGUGAUGGUCGAACGGACAUGUUCUUUGUAAAGAAUUGUGGUAGGGAUCGUUAUGGUGAGGAUAACGACAUGACUACUUCAUCCGCUUGUGAGAUUUGUUUGUGGCAUCAUGAAGUCCAACUCUUCUUUGAUAAGAUUGAAAAAUGA